AUGUUGUAUACAUGACAUUGAGAAAUUGCGCCAAACGCGAAAAAAACAUUGAAGUUAUGUAGAAGCUGCCAAGAAUGACACGACAGUGAUACCUGGACAACGUGCAUCCGCACAAGACGGGGGGCAAUUCUUGAUUUCCUUCUCUUGGUCACAUUUCUAGAACAAAGUGGAAUGUCGCAAGGUCGGUUUCCAUGGCAGCGUGAUGCACCGAGUCGUCAUUCUCUCGAGCGCGGGUAGGCGCAUGAUUAAGCGAGCUUCUGACUACCAACGAGCCGAUGAGACCCUCGCGGCUCGUGACAUCAACGGCCACCUUUCACCAGCCAACAUUACAACCCCCGUAUUCUUUAGCCUGUAUUCUACCUGUGCUUUGGCCCGCGGUACUGUGCUAGCACCAUGGCCCAACUUCAGGUGAAUGGCAAUGGCAGCCGCCCGACCAACAUCAAACACCCCUCGGCCCCUUCUCUCAUGAUGAAUGCCCACUUUGCUUCCGUUGGGGAGGAUGCUUCGACCGAGGAGUAUGAGCACGGCAUACAAGUUAUCGACGAAGACAAGCUCUUCAAUGGGAACUUGUCUACCUAUCUCAACGUUGAAAAGAUUAUACCCGCCGGAUUCAACUACCAUGUCAUAUCUGUCUUCGGCUCCCAAUCUACGGGAAAAUCCACCCUUCUCAACUACCUCUUCGGCACCCAGUUCGGUGUCAUGUCCGAGCAGGAACGUCGUCAGACCACCAAGGGAAUAUGGAUGAGCAAGAACAAGCGCGAGGAGGCCAGCAGAGGAAUGGCGGAAAAUAUACUGGUCAUGGAUGUGGAAGGAACCGAUGGUCGCGAGCGCGGAGAGGACCAAGACUUUGAGCGCAAGAGCGCUUUGUUUGCUCUGGCCACCAGCGAAGUUUUGAUCGUGAACAUCUGGGAGCACCAAGUUGGUUUGUACCAGGGUGCUAACAUGGGUUUGCUGAAGACUGUCUUCGAAGUCAAUUUGCAACUCUUCGUCAAGGACUCCAAGACCAUGCCCCGCUCCCUCCUCUUUUUCGUAAUACGCGACCAUCUCGGAACCACCCCUCUCACGAACCUCCAAAAUACUCUCAUCCAAGAUCUGUCCAAGCUAUGGUCUACGAUAUCGAAGCCUGCGGGUCUGGAGAACUCGCGGAUAGAGGACUAUUUUGACUUUGCCUUCGUCGCGCUGCCCCACAAGAUCUUACAACCGGAGAAAUUCGAACAAGAGGUGGACAAGCUGGGACGACGUUUCAAGGAAGGCUACACCGACCCGAAGAAGAGUGGGCUACUCGAUGAGGCGUCGUUACCCAUAUUCUUGCCUCAAUAUCACAGGCGCAUUCCCGCUGAUGGAUUCCCCGUGUACGCUGAGGGUAUUUGGGAUCAAAUCGUGAAUAACAAGGAUUUGGACUUGCCCACUCAGCAGGAACUUUUGGCACAAUUCCGUUGCGACGAGAUCUCGCGAGAGGUUCUCAUUGCUUUUGACGAAAAAGUUACCCCGCUUGAAGACACACAGGCCGAAGAUGCGAGGUCUGGAAAAUCAUCAAUAAUCCCCGAACUGGGUGCGAUAAUGAACGCAGCCCGGACAAAGGUUCUCAAAGACUUCGAAACAAACGCGAGUCGGUAUCACAAAGGUGUAUAUGCCCGUAAAAAGGCGGAACUGGAAGGCAAGGUCGACACCCGGCUGAAAGCACUCUUCCAGAAGCAACUCAGUGCGGCGCACAAAUCUGGAGUAGAGGCCUUCAGCAAUGCCGUCAGCGCUGCCGUCAAAGGCGGCCAGAAGAAGGGCGCCUCGUACGACUUUGCCCAAAUUGUGGAAAGCGAGAAGCAGAACGCACUUUCCAAGUUUGAGAAGGAGGCCCAAGCUAUUCUUGUCGAAGGUGCUGCUUGGAGUACCUAUAAGCAGGAAUUGAAUUUGUAUCAAAAAGAGCUGGACCAGGUCUCAUCCCGCCUACGCAGGGAAGAAAUGCGCCGGUUGGCCACACGAGUAGAGCGCUGGGUGCGAUCUCGCUUGGACGAGUCAAUCGGUCUGGAAUUCAACAAGCUUGGUAGUGGUCGAGGAGGAUCUGGAGCACCAGAACAUGGCGACCGACCGCCUUCCGAGAAGGAUCUUUGGGAUCGCGUAUGGACCAUCUUUACUGCCACGGUCGAGGAUGCCGAGAAACGAUUUACAGACCGCGCCCGAAGCUUUGAUGCCAGCCCUGAAGAGGUCGAAGUUGGUCUCUGGAGAUUACGACGCAAGUCUUGGGGUGUCCUUCGUGCCAAGAUCGAAGAGGAGGUCAUGGAGGGCAACAUCCUACUGAAACUACGGGAGAACUUUGAGGACAAGUUCCGAUAUGAUGAGCUCGGCGUCCCGAGAAUAUGGCGGCCUACUGAUGAUAUUGAAGGACAAUACACCAAAGCCCGUGAAUCCACCAUCACACUUAUCCCUCUUUUGUGUCGCUUCAAGCUCUCAAAAACGUCCGCCCCGCCACCACUCGAUGCAUGGAUAGGCGACGCCCCAGCAUCAGUGUCACCAGCAGACGAAGAAGACUUGACCCCUAUCGGCGGCGUCGACGACGAAGAGGGAAAGAGCUUGGAAGAGGAGAUGACCAUUCUCAGCGAUACCAAGCAGGCCGAUCUCCUGAUACGCUUCAAGAAGACGGCCGACGGUGUUUACGUCGAGGCUAAGCGUAGUGCCAUUGGAGGCAUGACCCAAGUUCCUCUCUAUUUCUACGGCCUAUUACUCGCCCUAGGCUGGAAUGAGAUUGUCACUGUCCUUCGUAACCCUGUUUACUUCAUCUUCCUUAUUCUUGCUGGUAUUGGCGCUUAUGUCACCUACACGCUCAACCUUUGGGGCCCCAUGGCACGCAUGGCCAACGCAGCGUCCGCCCAGGCAGUCGACAUCGGCAAAGAGCGUCUCCGCGAGUUUCUUGAGAAUACGGAGACGGGACGUCAGGCGGCGGCCAUGUCCGGUCGGCAACAGCGUGGCGAAGCGGUUCGCAUGGAUCGGUUGGAUGGCCAGGGUAAGAAGAGCGAUGGGGCAGAUGAGGACGAUCUUGAUGAUAUCUGA